CUUAUGUGGCCGCCCUGGGUCCUGAGCCUGGAUGUGAUAGGUCUGGUGUUCAGUGCAGUGCAGUCUCCUUCAGCUCGCCCUCCAACCGGUGACGCCUGCCUCGGCCGAACUUCUCCAAUAAAGUGACUUUUAGUGUACCGCUAGCCUCAUCCUCUACUGAUAUAAUGGCUGUGCCUCCCUGCUAUGCUGACCUGGGCAAAUCUGCCAAGGACAUCUUCAACAAAGGCUAUGGAUUCGGCUUGGUGAAGCUCGACGUCAAGACAAAGUCAGCCAGUGGCGUGGAGUUCAAGACUGCCGGUUCCUCCAACACUGACACCAGCAAAGUUGCGGGCAGCCUGGAAACUAAAUACAAAAGGUCAGAAUAUGGCCUGACCUUCACUGAGAAGUGGAACACUGACAACACCUUGGGAACAGAAAUCACCGUUGAGGAUCAGAUUGCUAAGGGCCUGAAGUUGACAUUUGACACAACCUUCUCACCAAACACUGGCAAGAAGAGUGGCAAAGUUAAGACCGCCUACAAGCGUGAGUUCGUCAACCUGGGCUGUGAUGUCGACUUUGACUUCGCCGGCCCCACCAUCCACGGCGCUGCUGUCGUUGGCUACGAGGGCUGGCUCGCCGGUUACCAGAUGACCUUUGACACUGCCAAAUCUAAGAUGUCCCAGAACAACUUUGCCAUUGGCUACAAGACAGGAGACUUCCAGCUGCACACCAAUGUGAAUGAUGGAGCUGAGUUUGGAGGAUCCAUCUACCAGAAGGUGAGCGACAAGCUGGAGACAGCAGUCAACCUGGCCUGGACCGCUGGCAGCAACAGCACACGCUUCGGCAUUGCAGCCAAAUACCAGCUGGACAUGGACGCCUCCGUCAGUGCUAAAGUGAACAACAACAGCCUUAUUGGUGUUGGGUACACCCAGACACUCAGACCAGGUGUGAAACUCACCCUGUCUGGCCUGGUCGAUGGCAAGAACAUCAACGCAGGAGGCCACAAGCUGGGUCUGGGCUUGGAACUGGAAGCUUAAGCUUUCCUCACACUGCAAGGGACUAGGGAAUAUCAGAAGAAUCUGGCCUUAAAAGUAUGUCCAACUCAAACCAGCAGGGGGAUAUCUUGGAGAGUAUCAUUCAAAGGCUACAACAACAAACUUGUUGGGGUACUACUUCAUGUUGGUACUUCAGUCAUCGAUAUAUUUGACCCUUUGUUGCUUUUUACUUUGUAGUAACAUCUGUUCAAGAGACAGCUGGUGGCAUAUAAUUUAUAAAUCAUGUCAUUGUUCCUGUCCAGCACUGCCAUAAUAAUAAUAUCCAAUACAAUCCCUUUGCCUGUCCUCAACUCUGUGUGGCUUUAUUGGAAACAAAAUCCCAGACACUCCGGUCUUAACGAGAACAUCCGUGGACAGUUUUGUGUGGUGAGCGUCGUCAUCCCUUCUGAUUGUACAAUCAUGACCAUCUGAUAUUCCUUUGUCAUCUACAGUUUUAAUUUGCAAACCUUGUUCAGUACACUAGACUUUCUCUGCAAUUGUUUUAAAUAGCGCUGCACCCUUCCUUUCAUGCACACAAGGACAAACUAAGGCUCUGUAAACUUCUGUUUUGUGCCGGCCAUUGGGGUUCGUGAGAUGCUUUGAAAGCUUCCUUAAACUGGGCAGUUUCUGGGUCGCUUAAAGAUGGGUUUGUGAGUUUGAGAGAAAAACCUGUAUGCUUGGCCGACCAAGCAGAAUUAGUUACGUCAUUUUUUUUCUGUAAUCACAGAAAAUGGGAGCUACAUUAUAAAUGUUCACAGUAAUGCCAAACUGUCAUGGUGUGGAAGAGGUGUAACCUUAAGUGUGCACGUGUGGAAAGUCCCUGCACUGGGCUGAGACAGAGCCCAGAGGAAGUCAUGAGGGUCCUUAUGUGUAUGUAUAAAUUUUCAAUAAAGUCUUUGAACUUCACAAA